AUGUCAUCUCAAUGUUGCGCUGCCUUUGUGGAAGGGUUUACAGUGGUUGAGGAGUAUAGUGUCAUGGAGAAUGCAACUGGGGGUAGAGUUUGUUUUCAGCAAUACCUGCAGUCUGAAGAUCGGAGUAUUCGUCAAUGGGCAGAAAAUGCCCGCGACUCCUUCAAUGACAUCCGAAACUCCCCGGACCCGCUUCUUCGAAAAUACUAUGAUGAUCUUCGCCAAGCUCGACUCGUCAGUUCGAGUAAGACCUGGCAGGGGAAGAAAGUCGAUCGCUUGAAGCAGUACUUGUCAGGGACAAAUAAAAAGGUGCAGAAAUCCAAGCUGGAUCUCAAAGAUGGCGACGAGGUCUUUUUUCAAUUACGUCUCAACGAGCUUACGCAUCCCAGAGCUUACGCUCAGGUUGCACGGCCAAGUGAUCCUGCAAGCCGUCUAGCAGCUUCAAUCAGCAACAGUGAUCGGGUCAGAGGAGGAUUUCAUGUCUUCUUGCAGACCAAGGGCUCCUUGAAUGUCAAGAAAAUGAACUCUCUGGUCGAUGCACUGGAAGGUUAUUCUUUGGAGGAAAGCCGAUCUUUUAUUGGCCGUUGGCAUACUAAAAAAUCGACUUCGCAUGGAGAGCAGGCACGAGUACAUGUUUACACAUAG